AGUUUGCUGGAAUACCUUGCACGCGUCUGACCGGUUUUGACAAAUAAAUACAUCAAAGUAUAUAAUAAAAAUAUAUAUCUCGUUUAUUUUAAAAUAUUUAAUUAAUAAAUAAUCAUGUGAUAAGACUACUGGAUAUAACAAUAAAAGUGUAACAAUAAACAAAAAAUACGUUAAAUAAUGAAACAACAAUUAAUGUCAAUUGUUUUUUGUUAACCCGCCAUUUUUUUUUUCCUCAAAGUUUGCUAAAAAAAAAAAGAGUAAAAUCAAAUAAUAAAUUAUCAAUAGUGUUAGUAAUUUAUAAAAGUUAAUAGUUGUGAAUAUUAGUGAAACUCAAUUGUGUUAAUUGUUGAUCAAAAAAAAAAUUAUUGUGAAAAAGUUAAGGAUAGUGGUGUGUUUAUUGGAGUGUCAUGUGAUUAAAAAUUCAUUAGUGUUUGUUUAGAAGAAAUAUUGUCAUGAAUUUAUGGAAGUAUUGCAGUGGAUUUAGCAAAAUUAUUUUAUAGUGGACUCAAUGGCCAAGUAUUUGUACGUGUGUGGAAAAUUUUAAUGUCCUUGGACCCUCUGGAGUCACCACGCUCCCCGAGGUGGACCGCCUUCUACGGCAAUUUGAGACGAACUCUUGACAAGUAGAGCUGAUCAUUCGGCAUUCAAUCGUAGUAAUUUGCAAAAAAUCACGAGUGACAAUCUAGGGUAAUUUGUAAUUUCCUGAAGCUUGAUGUUAAAGAGAUGCUUUGAUGUACUCGUGCAACGAGAUAUUUACAUUAAACUAUCCAUCAAACGAGGCUAUACUGGAUUUGUUACUCACUUUACUAUCCGGUGAUUAACACUCAACAAGAAUUGACUAUUAUUAGACUUCAAGUCCAACAAAAAUAAUAAUGAUGGGAUAUUUAUCAAAUAUAUUAUUUUGUAUAAGUCUAAUAUUGACAAUGACAAAUGGCCAAGAAACAUAUGGUGAUUGUGCACCACCAUGUAAAUGUAAAUGGAUGGAUGGUAAAAGAGGAGCUGAUUGUUCAAAAUUAAAUUAUACAAAUAUACCAAAUUAUUUAUCAUCAUCCGUACAAGUAUUUGAUCUUGCUGAUAAUCAAAUAAAACAUCUUAAAGAAGGUGCAUUUUAUCAAGUUGGUCUUGUUAAUUUACAUAAAUUAAUAUUACGUGAUUGUAAAAUACAAGACAUUGAUGAUAAUGCAUUUAAAGAAUUGAAAAUAAUGAUUGAACUUGAUUUAUCAAGAAAUAAUAUACGAGAAUUAUAUCCAGGCACAUUUAAUUCAACUGAAAAAUUACGUUCAUUAUUAUUAAAUAAUAAUUAUAUUAAAACAUUAGAAAAUAAUUUAUUCCAUAAUUUAUUACAUUUACAAACAGUUGAUAUAUCAAAUAAUAAUAUUGAUACAAUUGCUGAUAAAACAUUUUAUAAUUUACCAAAUUUUAAAGCAUUUAAAAUAAAUAGUAAUAAUUUAACAAAUUUAAAAAUAUCAACAUUUCAACAUCUUGAAAAUUUAUAUACACUAGAUUUAGAUGGUAAUCCAUGGAAUUGUAAUUGUCAUUUAAAAGAUUUUCGUGAUUGGGCUAUUGCUAGAAAGCUAUAUACAGCACCAACGACAUGUGAUGAGCCAUCAUAUUUACAUGGUAAAUUAUGGACUGAAAUACCAAGUGAUGAAUUUGCAUGUCAUCCACAUAUCAUUAAAGUUGGACCAUCUAAAAAUAUUGAACUUGUACAAGGUGAACGUAUAACACUUUGGUGCAAUGGUGAUGGUAUACCAAAACCACAAUUAACAUGGUCACAUCAUUCAAAAUUAAUAACAAAUUCAACAACUGGUUUAAAUUAUGAAAAAAAAUAUAUUAUUAAUGAAAAUAAUGAAUGGUCAAAUUUAACAAUAAUAUCUGUUGAUAUGAAUAUUGAUAGAGGUGAUUAUAUAUGUAUUGCAACUAAUUAUGGUGGUACUGAUGAAGAAAAAAUUAAUUUAUCAAUUAUUGGAAGUCCAAAUGGAAAUAGAAAUACAUUAUUAAGUUAUUUACCAUGGUACCUUGGUUGUGGUGUUAUAUUUUUAGUAUUUGUUUUAUUUUUAUUGGCUUUUGUUGCUUGGAAUUGUCAAAAAAAACGUGUUAGACAAGAUGAAAAAAGUAUUGAAGUAACAUCACUUGAAAAUCAUGGAAUGGGUGAACAAGAAAAAUCAUUAAUAACUGCUGUUAAUCCAGUUGUUAAACCACCAAGAAGAUAUGAUGCACCAUCAUCUGUAACAUCACAUGGCACCGAUAUGACUGAGGUUAAUCGUACACUUCUUGACAACGAUUCUGUCUUUGCUGAUGGUGUGGGAAGCGUUAUUGGUAUUGUUGGUGGUAUCAGCGAGGACGAGGGUGAACAUGCAUGUACACCAGAAGCCGAGACGAUUAGUUUAGCACAUGGUACAAAUUAUCGUCAUUAUCCACCAGAUUUAUUGGCAUUUUCGGGUGGACGUGGAGCAUCACCAUCAAGUCAAUCAUCAAUGAUACCAGAACAACAAAUGAAUAUUGGUAGUGGUACACCAACAAGAUUAAUAAAUCAUCAUAUUGAUUUUGGUUCACCUGUAUCAGGAAAAUAUCCAGCAUCAUUUAAAACAUUACCACAUAAUAAAAGUUCAAAUUUAUCAUAUAAUACACCUGGUUCAUCAAUAUUACCACGUCAAGGAUACGUCACAAUACCACGUAGACCAAGAGCACCAAGUUGGAGUAGUGGACCACCAACAAUUGGUUCACCAAUUGAUAUUAUUGAACCAGUAUAUGAUAAUCUUGGUUUACGUACAACAGCUGAUGGUAGUUCAGUGCUAUCAUUAAAUAAAAGUCCUGAACCAACUUAUUCAAUGAGAAUGCGUCCAUUACCAGUAACACCAACAACAACAGCAACACCAACAACAACAAAUUAUAAUACAAUACAACGUAGUACACCAAAUAUUAUUUGUGAUAAUAAUAUUGAUAGAUCAGCACCAGAAGGAGCUCCAGAAUGGUCAACAAAACAAGAAGAUUUAGAUAUUCAAACAGUAUCAGACACAACUAGUACACUUGGUAGAAAAGUACCACCUCGACCACCACCAAAACCUAAAAAAAAAAAUAAUAAAAAAGUAAAUAAUGGUCCACUUUAUGAAGAUGAGGGUGAAGAUGGUACUGAAGUUUAAAAAAAAUUAAUAUAUUAUUGGCAUUAUCCAUAAUAUUUAAUUGAUUUAAAAAAAAAAAACCAUUUGAAUAGUGACCAAUUUGUGCCUUUGUUGGUGAUUUAAUGUUGGAACAUAAUUUUGGUCUUCCAAAUAUUUAUACAUUUAUUAUUUUAUAUUUAAUUAUUUGUUUAUUUUUUAAACUCUCAUAUAACACAUCAUAUUUAAACAUAAAUAUCUGGCAACAGUUAAGGUCGAUUAUUAUUAUUAGAUAAAAUAUUUUUAAUGAGGCAUUAAUAGUAUCUACAUGAUAAUAGAUAACUACAAUUUGUUCGUUAUUCAUUGUAUUGAUUAAUACAAAUAUAGACCAUCUUCGUAUUUAUAAAAAAAAACAAAGAUAAAUACGUCAUCUGCCAAAUUGUUUUAACUAAUUAACGUUUCUAAUUUAAUUACGGAUUAAUUUAUCAAUAAAAUAAUGAUUAUUUUGUUGAAAUUAAAAGACUAAUAUAUGUAAUAGUAAACUCAAUGAAAAGUGCUUGACUUUAUAUAAUUGGACAGUUGAAAUAUUUGAUAGAAUUGAACGAUAAAUAAUUAAAUAUUUACGGAAAUUUGUUGAUCAACAUGCAUGUGACCUAAAUAAAUCUGCAUUUACAUUUAUUUAUAAAACAUUAUUUUAUUUUAUUCAAAUGUAAAAGUUAAAAUAUAUUUAAACAGAAUAUAUUUCAAUUAUUUAUAGUGACUAAAUGCCAUAAAACUCGAAAUAAUUACUUUUUUUUUUUUUUGAAUAUAUUUUAAUAGCGAAAUUGUUUAAACUGUCAGACAAUUUAAUUACAAAAGCAUAUUAAUUUGAGCUUAAUUUACAUUUAUACUUUUAUUUUUAAAAUAAUAUUUAAACUUGUUUUUUUUUUUUUUUUCGUUGAAUUAUUGUUUUUUUUUUAUUUCAACAUACGGCAAUGAAUUUUUCCAAUAUACACUGUAAUAAUUUUUAGUCAAAAUUUAUUGUUAAUCCAGCAAAGCGCUCACCAGUUGUUAUAGUCGGGUUACAUUUUAUCCAGAAAACUUAACACCCUAAAUCUCCACUUCCAAUUUGGGAUUUUCGAUUCGAUAAAAACAACUUGUUACGAUUUUCUUCACCUCUUCCAAAUGAUUUAUUAUAACAAUAAUUUACUCAACAUAUUAUUCCUGUUUAAUACAUUUAAAUAAUUCCGAAUUAUCAUAUUUUUUUCUUUUCAAUUAUCAUUUUACUUUCUAUAGAUAAAAAAUAAAUUAAAAGAAAAAAAAUAAAAUAAACACUGUACAUAUAUAAAAUCAAUUAUACAAUAUAAUUAAAGAUUUGUUGUUUGUUUUGUUAAAUUUCAUUGCUAUUAAACUAUUAAUCAGUAUUAAAGUUUUUAUUUAUUUUUUUUGUUCAAUUUCUUUAUGGUAAAAUUAUUGGUUUAACUAUACGUUAAUUAAUCUUUUGAACAAUUUGAAGGUUUAAGAUUAUUGUGCUCCAUGUUAACGUAACCACAAGGGACUAUAAGUGCUUUACCAUUCUUGACAUUUUCAAACUUUCAUCUUUCUCUUUCUGGCUUUUUGUUUAUUUUUUCUCUCUUUUUCUUUCUCUCUUAACCCACAUUUUACAUUAAUUUCUUGACAAUAACGUCAGCUCGUUGUGACCAGGCUUGUUCACUCGAGUACUUUUCAAAAGCAACUAAUUUACACUUCACCUUUAUUAUUGACCAUUUUUAUUGACAUUAUAAUAAUUUUAAUCAUUAAAUAGUAAACAUUAUUUCUUCCAUUUCUUUUUUUUUUUUUUUUUUUUUUUAAUGAAUAUAAAUACUGAAAGAAAAAAAAAAUAUAAAUAAAUUAAAGAAAUACAUUUAUAUACGUAAUAUAUUUUUGUAAUUUUGUAUUUUUGAUGUAACUGUUGUGUGGAACAUGGCCCAUAAGAUAAAUUCCUAUUUUCAUUGACAAAACGUUGUGCUCGAAAGAUUAAUGACAGUAAAAAAAAAAAACUAAAAAAAUAUAUAUAACAAUUUAUCAAUUGCCGGUUUUCAGCGUAAAUUCAUUGGAAAAUUGAGAACAAUUUUAAAAUUUAAAAUGUAGAAAUUACUUUUUUUUUUUGUUAGAUAAACAAACAACUUGUAAAUGUUUUUGAAAUGUUCAAUUGAAAGACAAUCUGAUGUAUUUUCAGAUAAAAAAUUAAAAGAGGCACUUUACCAAUUAAUCAAUAAUAUCUGUUUAUUAUUUAUGUUAAAUUCUUCGGCCUAGAUUAAA